AGCUGGGAGCAGCAGUGAGGAGAGGGCACAGCAGGGUGGGAACAAGGGCCAGGAGGGCUUUGCAGGGAGGAGGCUGCCCCAGAGGGACAGGCACACACGGCUCGUGCUCUGGGCUCGCAGGGUGCGGAAAUGAAAGCGGGGGCUCUGCAGGCGCAGCGGCCACAGUGGGGGCUGAGGCAGGGCCCCCACUGGCCACAGCUGCUCGGUGUGGAAAGGCCCUGCCAGCCCCAGCCCUGCAGCAGGACCAGUCCUAGGCACGCUGCAAGCCCCGGGCCAGGCAGCUCUUGCAGCGCUGGGCAGAGCUCAGCCCACAGCAGACGCUGCAAGGAGAGGCUGUGGCUGCAGUGCCCCAAACAAUGCUGGCCCAGGGGGGAUGUGCCAGGCUGUCUCCUGCUCGCCCGGCCCUCCUCCUCCUCCUCCUGCUGCUGCUGCUGCUGCUGCUGGGUGCCGGUGUGAUGGCCCAGGACAUCUGCAGCUCCCCAGGGCAUGGUGACCUCCCAGCUCCUGCCUUCCAUAUAACCCCCACUGCUGCACAGGAAGGAGAACAGGUCAUAUUGCACUGCCAAAUUUCCUGGAAAUCUCCUGUCACCAGAAUCAUCUUCUGCAAGGAUGGGGUGCAGGUGCACAGCCUGAAAGCCCAACAGGGACAGGGGAGCUACUACAUGCACUUGACCAUGACAAAGGGGAGCGCAGGGACAUUCACAUGUGGAUACCAGUACAAGGACAACAGCAACCGAGUGAGGAACUCUGCCCUCAGUGCUCCCACAAACCUGAGGGUCACAGGCAGCGGGUCCAGCUCCCAGGCAGGGACAUCCACUGCUGAUCAUGUUCCCACUGCUCCUCGUCCUGGCCCAUCCCACACCUUUCCCACAUGCAUGGUGGUGGGAGUGGUGACCAUCUCCCUCCUCCUCCUCACAGCUGCAGCCAGCUACUGUGUCCUGAAGAUCGGGGCCUGCAGAGAGAGAUGCCAAAGGUGAGCAGCAAUCCCUGGGGGCUGCGGGGCUGGGGCUGAUGGAGACGAGGGCAUCCAGGACACUCUGGGACUUGUACGUGGGGAAUUUCCAGGGCUUGGCUUGGGAGGGCAACACGUCCCCACAAGGCCUGGCCAGGCCAACAUGGCCACACCCAGCCCUUCCACCAGACCCAGCCCUUGCCAGGCCCAUCAGAAAUGUAUUCUGAAUGAUUUAAACCAAAUAUAUCUCUGUGACUUGCACAUGUAUUUACCAUGUCUGAUGGAUCAAUUAAUAUAAAAUCGAUUCCAGAUAUUGUACAUGGGGACGUGA